AUGUCGGUCUUCCACGAUGAGGUGGAGAUCGAGGACUUCGAGUACGACGAGGAGACCGAGACCUACAGCUACCCGUGCCCCUGCGGGGACCGCUUCCUCAUCACGCGGGAGGACCUGGAGAACGGUGAGGACGUGGCCACCUGCCCCAGCUGCUCCCUGAUCCUGCGCGUUAUUUACGACCAGGAGCAGUUCAUGCGUGAUGAAGUCAUUGCAGAACCUUUGACAAACAAGGAGUUGAUUAAGUGCUGAUGAAUACAUCAUGAACUGUUGCUGCUUUAGAAUAAGAAAGUAUGGGGAUGGCAACUGCAGAAAGAGACAUAGUCCUCGUCCUGGAAGUGCUCGCUGCUGUGAGACAGAAGUGCAAUAACUGGCUGUCUUCAUAAUUUGAAUGAGAAUUUGCUGGGACAUCAAACACAUGAGUGGGUUUUGUUCAAAAGGGUUAUACAUUUUUAAAAAUAUAUAAGCUGACAUAUGUAUUCCAGAAGUCUUGAGGAUUAUGAUCCUAGUUGACAGCAAGUCAAUAUACAGAAGAAGUGUGCGGAGUUGUGAAAUUAUAACAUUUAUCUAGCAGCGGCUUCUUAGCCUAUGGAGAAAAGCAGGCUUUGUGUGGGCAUAUACCAGUGCGAAAUGGCAUAGAGAGCUAAAAUGUUGGGAGAUAAAAUUUAGAAGUCCAUAGGACAUGAUGCCAUACAGAAUUACAGUUUUGACACGGCGUGAUAUCACCGAGGAUGUGAGCUUGUGUACUUCCAGCCUGUACUGAAUAUGGGGAAAAAUAAGAGACCCAGAACCACCGCUGUUGGUAAACUGUUUUUACUACUGUAAGCACAAAGAAGGUGCAGUUGUAUUUAUAUCUGCAGUGGGGGCAACACCUGAGUUGGGGCAAAUUUGUUUCUUAAAUUGCAGUUGCUUUGAAACAGCUUUGGUAGCUGUUAUCAAAUGACUCUCUGACAUAAUAGUGAUAUACUUUUGUGGGUGUUGUGUGAAAUGAAACAAAAGGAGUCAAACUUUUUUUACCCCUGCAAAGCUAGUAAUGUGCAAAUGGACCUGAACUUGAAGUGGAUUGUAGUUUACCCAUAUUUUCUCAACAACUUUGUGAUUUGACUGUUGCAGCAAAUAUAAAAUGGGCUGCAGUUCUUUGUGCCAUUUGUAGUAGUACAUUUGCUGAAUUUCUCAGUCUUCCUUUGUUAGGUUCUGUCGUUUCCUGGACAGGAGAUACAUACGUGUCACUUAAUUGAAUAAAAGGAAUUUUUUAGGGUAGAAAAGAGUUGGAAGAAUAUGCUGCAAAGUACAUUGAUUCCAAGACUACUACUUGUAUUACAAGCCACUGCAUUUAAAUAUUUAUUUAAAAUUAUGGUCAUUCAUGUGUUUUCGUAGGAUUUGACAUCUAUGAAGUUAAAUUUGGGGGAAGAUACUUGUGCAGCAUUUAUAUAGCUAUUUUGCUCCAGGCACUAAAGAUAACCAAGUCUUACUGAAUUCUUGCGUUUAAAUAUUUUUGUUCUUACAACAUUCUGUGAAUGUUGAAGAUGAACAGUCUAAUUAUUUUUCAAAAAAAAAAAAAA